GAUGCUUUCCCUCUCCUAAACCGGUAAACGUAGGAAGGAAGGAAUUCGCACAAUGAAGAUGAAUUGCUUCAAUCCCAACUACAAGAAAAAAUCCCCCAGGCGAAACCCUACCCCCGCAACCGAUUGCAGCAAUCUUUCCCGCUCGCCGGAACAGUCGUCUUCCAACUCCGGCGCCAAGUGCUCGGCGGCCCCGCCCGCGGCCGCUUCCUCGCUCUCCAUCCAGGAUUCCGGCGACCUGCGCCAGGUGUUCGAGAAGUUCGACGCGAACGGCGACGGGCGGAUCUCCACCGACGAGCUAGAGUCGAUGCUUCGGUGCCUCGGGUUCGCCGGGUCCAGGGAGGAGGUGGAGGCGAUGAUGCGGGAGGCGGACACCGACGGCGACGGUUUCGUGAACCUCGACGAGUUCUUGCAUAUGAACACGCAGGAGACGGACGCGUCCAAGUGCAUGGAGGAUCUGAGGAAUGCGUUCACGAUCUUCGAUCGGGACAAGAACGGCCUGAUCUCCGCGGACGAGCUGCAUCAGGUGCUCAGGAGCCUGGGGGACAGCGCGACCCUGAGCGCCUGCAAGGACAUGAUCCGCGGCGUCGAUCAGAACGGCGACGGCCAGGUCAAUUUCGAGGAGUUCAUGAUGAUGAUGACGAAAUCCCCCAGAUGAUCCAGAGAAAUCUGUCGCAUUGGCUUUCGUAUUGAUUUCCGCCCCUUUCUACCGAAAUUCCGUUCGUCUCCUCUCUGAAACAUUUCCUUUUAAGUUUCUUCCACGAUUGCCUGUGUAAAUAGCUAUAAUCGGCGCGAUUUGUUAUAGGUUGAAAAUCCAAUAAAGGUGAUUUGUUUUUCUGCUGAUCAA